GGGCGUUAUAAAUGUGGAGGUGUGGCCAGUUUGUUUAGUAUCUUGGAUCAAAAUGGAUAACGUUACGUGUUUUUGUAGUUGUUUCAGUUUUCCCAUUGCACUGUAAAUGCUCAUGUUAUAUCAAUGUGGUGUCUUAGUGUAACUCGCCGUUUUCGAUUUAGUGAUUUAUUUGUGAACUAAAGUGGAACUAGCAAGGCGGAAGAUUGUAAACCUGCUCUGGACAUGGCCGAGACAACAGAGGGGAAAUCAUUUGUUUUUGAUAUCCUGUCUAAGCGCCACCAACGACAAUUAUCAAGUGUUCGACACAAGAGCACAAUUCAGUAUGCUACACGGCCUGAUUUACCAAAGCUGGCCUACAGGAAGCUGAAAGGGAAGAGUCCUGGAGUGGUUUUCUUGCCUGGUUUUGCCUCUGUCAUGGGUGGACAGAAAGCAGAAGCAUUAGAAGAGUUCUGCAAGUCUUUAGGUCACUCAUACCUCAGGUUUGACUAUUCUGGCUGUGGGUCAUCUGAAGGGGAUAUGGGUAACUACAACAUUGGUGCCUGGAAGAAAGAUGUCCUGUAUGUACUGGAUGAACUGGUAGAGGGACCACAGAUUCUGGUGGGCUCCAGCAUGGGUGGGUGGCUGAUGUUGCUAGCUGCUCUUGCACGGCCAGAGAAGACCGCUGCUUUAGUGGGCAUCUCAACUGCUGCAGAUCACUUCGUCACUGCCUUCAACUCCCUACCAAUAGAGACAAAGAAAGAGAUCGAGGAACAGGGCUUUUGGAAAUUCCCAACCAAGCACAAUGAAGAGGGUUUCUACACUCUUAGCGUGGACUUUCUGAAGGAAGCGGAGAACCACUGCAUACUCCAGAGCCCCAUCCCGGUGUCCUGCCCCGUUCGUCUGAUUCAUGGGCUCAAGGACUCUGACGUUCCCUGGCACGUCUCUAUGCAGGUCGCAGAACGAGUACUCAGCAAUGACGUAGAUGUCAUUAUACGCAAACAUGGGCAACAUCGCAUGUCAGCGAAAGAUGAUAUUAAGCUCAUGGUGUACACUACUGAUGACCUUAUUGAUAAAUUGACCACACUGGGGUGAGAAUGGGUGUGAGGACAGUAUGGACUAGGUGGGAUGGGGCAAGCAGUGUGUACAGGUAUCAGGUUUGGAGGUAAGGCUUUUAAAGUGAAAGAAGCCAAAUUAAUUGAAUGAGAAUCACACAAAAUUUCUAAUUUCUCUCCAGAGAUGUAUGACUGACUUCCAUGGAACACCAUACAAUGACCAGGUCCUGGCAUGCGCAAAAAAGUCAUCAUGACUUGUGUGCUUUAUUCCUUCUAUAGUGACCUGAAGCCGUAUGAUAGCUUUGUAAAAGGGACAGGCCAAAAUCUAAAAGAAUAGUUCAUCCAAAAAUGUUAAUUUGCAGAGAAUUCAGGACAGCCAAAAUGUACAAGAGAUUGGUUCUUCAUCUGAACGGUUUUGGAGUAUUCACAUCACUUGCUAACUAAUGGAUCUUCUGCAGUGAAUGGGUGCUGUCAGAAUGAGAGUCCAAACAGCUGAUAAAAACACAAUAAUCCACAAAUAAACUACACCACUCCAGUUCAUCAAUGAACAUCUUGUGAAGCAAAAAUCUGU